AUGUACAAAGAUAUUAAUAAAGAUCAACAAUAUACUGUGUCGUACAAAACCUUAGACAAGGAGAAAAUAGAAGGAGAAAUAGCAAAACUGCAACUUGAGGAUCAACUUUAUAGAAAGCUGCAGUAUUUUAUGAGAGAAAAAAAGCUGCAAAAUUAUAUAGACGAGGAAAUAGCGAUUGUGAAGCAAUAUGCAUGGAUUUUGCGAAAACUCUACAAGUGCCAAACAUCACAACAAAUGAUGUUUAUUAUAAAAGGGCAAUUAUCCAUUUAUUCCUAUAUGUUCAUGUUUUAUCAACUGGCCAGAGCAUUUUUUAUACCUAUCCCGAAACAAAUGGGCGAAAGGAAAGUGACGUUAUCUCGUUAUCUCCAUCACUUGGUUCACACUCAAGAAAGAUUCGACUUUGUGCAGAUUAGCUUUCCAAUUAGAGGUCAUUCUUUUAUGGAAAGGAUUUUGGAUUGA